AGAUGUGAAUAACAUCUGAUUCACAAAUAUGAAUGUGGUAGAACAAGAUAACGCAGCGUUUAAAAAUGUAUUUGGCUGACACUUGGUAUGUGUGUUUGAAGGAUGGAUCCUGUCGUGCUGAGCUUUCAGAAUAGCCUGCUUCGACGCUCUGACGUGUCUCUCCUCGAAGGACCCCACUGGCUUAACGACCAAAUCAUCGGAUUUGCCUUUGAGUACUUUGCCAGUGAGCGUUUUCGACUCUUGGGGGAGAGUGUCGUCUUUGUCAGCCCAGAGGUUACCCAGUUUGUCAAGUGUGCUUCCUGCCCAGAGGAGUUGGCUAUGUUUCUUGACCCUCUGGAUCUGGCUUCACGUCGUCGUGUCUUCCUGGCUGUGAAUGACAACAACGACCAGAGCGCUGGAGGGUCACACUGGAGCCUUCUGGUGUAUCAUCAUAAGUCCAACAACUUUGCUCACUAUGACUCUCAAAAUGGCAGCAACUCUCUGCACGCCCGUCUCAUUGCUAGCAAGCUAGAACCCUUGUUGGGUGCAGGAAGAAAGCCUGUGUUUCAGGAGCAACCCACUCCUGUACAAGAGAACAGCUAUGAUUGUGGAAUGUAUGUCAUCUGUAUAGCUGAGGCCUUAUGUGAGAAGCCACACCUGGCUUUGCAAACUCUCACCCCAGCCUUUAUUAAGCAGAAGAGAGCAGAAUGGUGCAUAAUAAUCCAGAGUCUCGCUCACAGCGAACUCUGAUGCGCUCUGACUUCUCCUUGGUACCAAACUCGCCUCAUGCAGAACUACAUUUAAAUGAUUGGAUCAAAUCAUUGGUACGCCAUCCUUAAUGAAAGAAAAAUUGUCACUGGUCACUAAAAUAAAGGACAAAAAUGAAAUGAAUGAAAAUGAUAAAUUUGGUCAGUUUGUAGUUAUUUCAGAGGCCAUUGUCGGUUUUCUAUCAUUAAUAAACGGCGCCAAUAAUUUUGUCCAAGUAUGUAUCGUCUGCUGGAGUCGUAGAUGCACUCAUUAAAUAAAGCUAAUCUUAUUUAUUUCAAUGGUAGUCAGUCUGCAAUGGAAGAAAGUGACAAUAUUUUGACUCUUUUAUGAUUCAUUCAACUCACGCCGUCAUGUUUAUCUUUAAUGUAAGCACUGCAAAACGUGAUACGUAAACCCAAGAACACCAGCAUGCCUAUAAAAAGGCAUGAAGUCUCUUGUACAUUUUAAGUGAGGACAAAACAACGGCAGCCGAAUCUGUCACUUUACUCCAUUUUGUGAGUUUGGGGCAAAAGUGAAAAUGUUAACACAGAUUAAAGGUCAUUGUCAGAUUAACAAGAAUUGAUAGAAUGUGACUUUGAUUCCAAGCCUUGGUUGUCAUGGGAUGUCGGCAGCAUUGGUGGGUUGAAACAUUAUUUUAAUAAAUCAGUUUUAUCCUCAAA